AUGGAUACACACCUCGCUGAAUGGAAUGAGACUUUCUCGUUGAUCAGUCUCGGUUUCCCCAAUCUCGCUGCCAUCUCUAUCCAGAUUUAUCUUCAUUUUCCUGUGCAGGCUGUACGAGACACUUUUUGGGAUGGAGGCCUUCUCGAGCUCUGUCGCCUGAAGCGUCUCCGGGGGGUGAGGCUCUCCAUCUCCGAAUUUGAUCCUGCAUGGCCAGCCACCAGAGACCCCGUCGUCUUCUUCACAUACGCGGCCGGCUCAUUGCCUGAUUUCAUGGAUGAGAUCACAGACAGGAACAAACAACUGCCAUCCCUCCUGCAAUCGUCAUUGCCAUCCCAUCAGACACCAAAACACAUCUGUUUCCGCGAUGCGCGCGACAAACUCAGGCAUCGGGUUCAACAAGACACGUCCAUUGGUGUGGAGUGGGCAUCCCCUGACUCCUACCACAGUGGCCAGCUCUUCUUCCGCUUUGCUCCCAAUACUUUCCCGCUCUACGUCCGCAACCUGAUCCACACCCUCCCCCGCCGGUGGCCGCAUCGAACCCACGCGCACAUCCGGCGCGAGGAUCGCUUGCAUAGAAAUAAAACCGACUACGCGUACGUCUACAUCGACAGCGCGUCGCAUCCGGAGGACAAUCAAUACCCAAUCUUCGGGUUCCAAUACAACCCCAAUCUGAGGCGCCAGCAUAACGAGGAGUACAUUGCACAAGGACUAGCAGCAUUGCGGCUAUCCCGCGAGCGGCUUUGGCGUUCUGUUGCUUCUGCUCCUUAUCCCCGGCAUCGACAGCGAGAGGAUGGCGACCCCCGACCAUCAUCGCAAUCAUCUAGGAACCAGGAGCGAAAGGAAGAGCCUUGUCAUCAAGCAUCCAAGGUUAUGGUACCAGCUCCUCGAUGCUGGGCCAGUCCAGGUUUUCAAGUUUCCCCUAGUCGUCGAGCGGUGAUCUCCGCAGAGAAUGAAAGACCCGGCGACUGGAGACGGCAACUCACAGAGGAGGCAUUUGCGCCAUUUAUUGAAUCUUUUCCUAUGGUACUUCGAUGA